GUGUGGACGGCGGUAGCGGUUUCUGAUUCCGGCGACUCCGAGAACCUCGAGGAGUUGAAGUAUGAUCCAGCCGGCGACCGCUAGCCCCGAGGGCAAGAAGGGAAGAAACUCUUCUGGGGCGCCUCGAACGCUGGCCCGCUGCGCCAUGGGCUUGAGAGUGGCCGCACGCGGAAGCAGACCCGGGAGAUGCAAGGUGCCGGGGAGAUGCCGGGGCCCGGAGAAACACCGGACCCGGAAGAGGCAUUGCUGGCGACCAUCCUGGAAACUGGCGGGACGGGGAUUGUUAAGGACUACAGCUACAACUCGCUUGUGAAGGAGCAGUGGGACGAGGAGCAGACACGCCGUAUGGAGGAGAUGUACAGGCGCGAGAUGCAGGAGGUGUUGGGCCCGGAACAGCAGGCGUUCGGGGCCGAGGUCGACGCCAGCGGGUCUUCGCAACCACUCCCAGACCCACAGCUAAGUAUAACCUCGCCAAUCGGGCAGAAGCCGAGUGAUGUGGAAGCAGUACCGAUGACGUACAAGUAUGUGAUGUGUUUCAAGUACAAGAUUUCCUGGGAGGCGGCCAUGACGAAAGAGAUAGAUGGCCACGACAAGACUGGAACCUUGACCAAGGUCAAGGAGCUGCCCGAGGGGCGGAAGGCCAUAGGUUCAAAGUGGUUGUUCUCUUGGAAGACGAAUGAGAAGGGCCUAAUGGUCGACUUCAAGGCCCGUAUGGUUGCGCGGGGUUCCUCUCAAAUCCCGGCAUCGACUUCCACCACUCAUCCUCAGCGUGCCUGUCUGCAGCGUCUAUCAAGACGGUGAUUGCCGUAGCCACUGAAAAGGGCAAGAAACUCGUUCACUGGGAUGUGAAGCAAGCGUACAUCCACGCUAAG